UUCCUGGAGUGGUGUUUGUUGUGGGAAAUAAACGCCGUGGUGCUGAACUGGGGAUUCAUGCUACAUUUAACGAGAGAAGGACGGCACAAAGUACUGCGCUACCCCACCUCCAAGCAUGCGGUCGCGGCAGCUUUUGCUGAUACAACAGGAGAAGUGACGGAGGAGAGGGGCGAGUGGACACAUAUCCUCGGACAGCCAAGCGGAGCCUGAGCAGAGCCGCCGACAGCACGGAGUUGUCGCGAUGCUGUAGCCCAAACCAUGGACAGCAGAAUAAAGGAAAAGCCAGAAAGAACAUUUGAUCUGGUUGUACAGGUGGCAUGUCCAACAUCUGAAAAUGAGGAUCCAACCGUGCUGUGGAGCUUCCCCCAGGACCACACCGACCAGGAGGUCCUUCAGACGAUACCAAAGUUCUGCUUCCCCUUUGACGUGGAAAGGGUUUCCCAGAAUCAGGUGGGGCAGAAUUUUACCUUCGUGCUGACGGACAUCGACGGCAAACAGAGGUUUGGUUUCUGUCGACUCACUCAAGCCUGCCGGAUCUGCAUAUGUCUGCUCAGUUAUCUACCAUGGUUUGAAAUCUACUACAAGUUGCUAAAUACUCUGGCAGACUACCUAACAAAACAACAGGAAAAUGACUUGAAUGACAUGCUGAAUUCUCUCUAUGAUCUGCCUGUGCCAAAGCCCUUCACGCCAGUCAACCUGAGUGUGAAUGAGCAGUUGUAUAUUGCCACUGGGCAAGUACUGAGAGAUUGGCGAAGCAAGGAGCCGCACUCCUACUUCAUCGCCCCGGAUAUCAAUGGACUGCCAACCAUCCCUGAGAGUAGGAACCUGACAGAGUACUUUGUGGCUGUGGAUGUCAACAACAUGCUCCAGCUCUACGCCAGUAUGCUGCAUGAACGGCGCAUCAUCAUUACCUCAAGCAAGCUUAGCACUUUAACGGCAUGUAUCCACGGUGCAGCUGCUCUGCUCCUUCCUAUGUACUGGCAGCACAUCUUCAUCCCUGUACUGCCCCCGCAUCUUCUGGACUACUGCUGUGCCCCCAUGCCAUACUUUGUGGGUGUUCAUCUUAGUCUGCUGGAGAGAGUACGCAGUCGGUCAUUGGAGGAUGUGGUUAUUCUGAAUGUGGACACCAACACCCUGGAGAGUCCCUUUGAUGACCUGCACAACCUGCCCAGUGACGUGGUGUCCUCUCUGAAGAGCAAGCUGAAGAAGCAGUCUACAGCAACAGGAAGUGGUGUGGCGAGGGCCUUCCUGAGAGUGCAGGCCGCUCUGUUUGGAUCCUACCGAGAUGCCCUCAGAUAUAAACCUGGGGAGCCAAUCACUUUCUGUGAGGAGAGCUUUGUGAACCAUCGAUCGAGCACCAUGAGGAACUUCCUUUCAAUGGCCGUCAACCUGCAGCUCUUCAAACAGUUCAUCGACGGACGGCUGGCCAAAUUGAACGCAGGCCGCGGCUUCUCCGACGUGUUUGAAGAGGAGAUCACAGAGGGGGGCUUCUGUGGAAGUAAUUCAAGGUCUUACCAGCAAUGGAUGCACACUGUGAAGAGAGGAGGAGCACUUAUCAACACAGCUGUGACUAAAGCCAAGAGUCAUGCCAAGAGGGGCAUCAGAGACAUUAAGGGCAGGCUUAAAGCGAGGGAAGAAGAAGAAGAAGAGGGGGUGAUGGUCUGUGAGGGGUCUCCCACCAGCACCAAGAGCCUGUCUCCAAGGAGACUGCAGAAGAUGAGACGGCAAAACUUCAACAAGUAUCCCAUGAGCUUGGGCCCUCGAGAUCUUGGCUACAGGCUCGAUGAUGAUGAGCUGGACAGUGCAAGCAAGAUCUCCUCAGAGGACAGCGGGGAUGUCCCUUCGUACAUCGGGGACAGCGACGACUCACUAGAGCUCGACAUCGACUCCUCCCGCUCAGGCCAGAUGAACCUGCUGGAGGAGAUCCUGGACUCUCUGAGCACCACAACUGUGGAGCAAGGCAAACUUAGCGCUGCCAAGAGCCUGGACUUCUUCAGGUCCAUGGAGGAUUUAGACUUCAAGGCCCCGAGCAAGCCCACACCAUCCAGCGACUCUAAACCUGCAGAUGAGAGUGGCUGUGAUGGGGAUCUGGGCGGUUGGAAUAUGGGCCAGGAUGACAGCGCGGUACACGGAAAACACCUUCCCCCGUCCCCACGGCGACAGCCCAACAAGAGCAGCCUGAAGGGGACAAAGAAACCUGCGACAGCUUCCACAGUGCCCAUCAUCACGAAUACACCCACGGCCCAGGAGGCGGACAUCUCCAGGUCAUAUCCUCAUCCGCUCAACUACGACCUCCACCCUCUACCUCCAGGGCGACGACCAAGAGACCACUUCUCCUACUCGCCCUCAGCACCCCAUCGAGUUACACCUAUGCUGCCCUCUGCCACUCUCUCUCACACCUACAGCUCUCCAGCACCCGUUUCUGACUCAAACUGUUCUCCUGAACCAGCGGGCCGGUCUCGCACCAUCUCAGACCCACAAGGCAACAUGGAGCCUGCUCAGGCCCUGAACCAGACUGCCUCCACCAGCAUCCUGAGGAGGAAGGUGCUGUCCAAGGAGACCGUGAGGCACUAUCAGGAAAAGGCCCUCCAGAGGCAAAGCAGCAAGGCCCACCAGGAGGGUCAGGGGAGCCCGCCGAGGCACAGCCCGGCAGCUAUGCAGGUUCCGUGGGAGAAAGAGGUGUCCAAGGAGGGGCUCCUGGGGCUCGGCCUGUGCCUGGGUCAGGGUAAAGGCUCGGGGGCAGCUGUGGUGCAGGAUCAAGGCCUCCUCGAGGAGAUUGAGUCCAUGUGUUGCCUCGGCUCAGUCCUCCACACCAACCUGCAGCUCUCACAGGUUCACUGCAACAACAGCCAGCAGGUCCAGAGCAAAGCCACAGACGAGUCAUAGGGACAUCACAGACUCAGUGUCUGUAAAUGCCAUAGGCUCCAUGGAAAUCUAUUCACUGUAAUUCCUCUAUUACAACAUUCAUCUUUUUUUUUAUCUCAACGCUCGGCUAUCAGGUAACAUUAUGAAACAAUUUGAAGUCCAACAGGCAGACAGAAACAGAGUCACAGCCUCCAGAGCAGGAAACAGGAAGAGAUGCAUUGGUGCACUGCACAACUCUCCAUCUUUAACGAUAUGUCUGCGUAAAAAAGAGUCCUAGACAACUUAUUUUCUUAAAACAAGUGACAAGUUAUAUAGUUUUAAGUUUCUUUAAACAAGUGUAUUCUCUAAUGAACUGGAAGAGCAGAGCUUCAAAAACCAUAAUGUUGAGAUGUUUUGUGUUUUUGGAGAGCAGCGAUAUUUUUCACUUGUUUUAAGAACAUAAACUUCAUAAACUCAAAUAAAAGGUUACAAAGACUUGAUGAAAAGGAGAUUUCUGCAGUGUUUUCACUGAUUAAACAAAGGGUUUUUGUUUUUCAUCUAAAUUUAUGGACAUGUAUUUUUCACGUGUUUUAUAUUUUCAUCUUUUAACAUUUUCAAAAAGUUAUACCAGAAAAAAAGCCAUGAAACCCAUACAUUACAUGUUGGAUAAAGUAUAAGAAGCCAACUGGCAAUGGAGGAAUCUUCCAUCUUGAUUUCCAGGAUUUAAGAAAAGGCUCAGUGCUUGUGAGGAUUAAGAAGGGAUGAGGUCUCCUCCCCACGAUGUCUUUUACUCAGUGUUACUAACAGUUUAGGUGAUCAGGUUAAAUUUGUACCUGGGACUAAAAUAAUUUGAGCAAAAACGACAAGGUGAGACAGGAUGCUCCAGGCACAAAGUCCACCCUGGCUUUUGAAACUAGUAUUACACUCUGAUACGAGUGUUUGAUACUAGUGGUGUUUUUUUAAUUUUGUUAUAUCACCAUGCCUUAAAUGGAUAUGUGAUUUGUUCUUGAUACUCUGGUGUCUUAAUCUAUACAUACCAUACAGGUACUUUGUAAUCAGAAUCUCUGAGGCUCUCAGAUCUUAAAAACAGUUAGUAGUCCUUAAACAGUAUUUCUCUGGAUUAAUAGAAUAGUUAAAAAAAUGACUAAAACAGCUGGAAUCUGUAGCCAAACAGACGUAAACAGUGGGGACACAUUUCCUGUUUGUAGGAUUAAUACAUUGUCCUUCUUUCAAAUGAUUUAAUUAGUUCAUUUUAAGAGUAAUAUACAACAUCGCCAGACUUAUCGCACAACUCUCCUUGUCUUUCUUUCUUUCCGUCUGUCUCCCUUUCUUUGCUCAGGAGGAAAUGCAAUGUCUGUCCUCUCGGUGUGAGUCGCACUGUGAUGCGAUGCAGUGGUUGAUGAUUGUACUGUAAUGAAGCAAUACGGUUCUCCUCAGAAAGUAGCUACAUGGAUGUAAAGUGUACAGAGUCUAAAGUAUUUCUGUGACGGACUCAGUCUCCUGUGGAGAGAAACGCAGCGUCCAGAGGUUGGGGGUUCCCAUCCUUCUCUGCGUUGCCAUAAACCCGGAGAAAAGAAGAAAGCUUUUUCUGUGCUUGUGUUGGGAUUAUUACAUUUAUGGUGCGUUGUUCUUAUGAUUUAUGCCAGACGCCAGUCGCUGUGGCAGUUUAAUAGCAGCUAUUUCUCCACUUUUUGAGUGCUGCGCUGCGUUAACGAUUUGGCCAUAAAGUCUUUGGCGUGCUUCUAAAAGCCCAGGAACCAGUCCUAGGAAAUCCAAAAAGGAGAAAAAGAAUCUGUCCACUGGCCUUAUUAAUUGUAAACACUUUAAACACUUAUUUACUAUGCAAAUAUUUAAAAUGGUCAAUAAAGGUCAGUUUUAUUUAACAUUAUAAUGCACGAUUCUUCUUGAAAAUCACAAUCAAUCUAGUUUCUAGUAGGAGUAAGCUUCAUGUGUCCCUAAAUGAAUAAACCAGGAGGUCUGUUAAACUGUGUGUGUAUCGUGUGCCUUAAACCGUAAGAGUACCUACCACCCAGUGUCAUCAGGACAAGGUACAGUAUUAAAGAAAGGAGGUGUAUGCAAUGCUUUCAGACCACCAUAAAUCACAGUAAGAACAUUGAUCAUUAUGGUAUUUAUGGAUAUAACCGGACCUGAAAUGAACUUGGGUACUAGCAUUGUUUUUAUAGCUGUUUUGUUUUUGUGUUUCCGCUGCAGUCCAGCUGGAGUCACUCAGUGUGUUUCUUUGCUGCGGGAAUCUUCCUGCCUGUAUUUAAUAGAUUGUCUUUGAAUUUCUCUGGGUGAUUUGACUUUUUGUCAAUUAGGUUCUUUGUACUAUGAGGUGAUUUGUUUGUGUGCUUAUAUUUCUUUUUUAUUUUAAACACACUCAUUAUGAGCAAACGUUUUCCAGAGGAGUCUCUAGUUGAUUUCAUAUUGAGGAAAAAUUAUUUUCAACUGAAUAGAUGUGUAUUUUUGCUGGCUUGAGUUUAUUUUACAUGGAUAAUAUAUGAUUGGUGCCGUAUGUUUGUAAAAAAACAACAACAAAAAAGACACCUAAUAUUUGAAUGUUUUAGAUUUUAUUUUUCGAAAGGAAGAAAUAUAGAGAAUAUUAACAAAUGUGCGAUGUAGCCGUUCGUGUUCACAAGCAUUUGACACCCUUGAAUCAAAAUAAGCAGAAAAUGACGAUUGCUUGUACGCGGCACAAUGCUUAUUGUUGUAGUAUCUGCAUGUAUGCACCUGUAUGUGUUGUAUGCUAUGCUAUGAUUUUUAUUUUAUUUUUUAUUAUUAUUCUGUUGGUAUUCUUUUAUUAUUUCAGUAUUUAGCACUUCCAUCAAAUUGAGAACGAUGGAAAUAACAUUGGGUCUGGCACAACGCCCUCAUUCUGCCUUGCAUUGGUAUUAUGGAGUUAUGCUUUGCAUUUCAUGUGUUUUGGUUACUGGCGACUGUAAAUCUACCUGAAGAGGUUUGUGGGAAGAAAUACUGAGUAAUUUAGUAGCAAAGCAAUUACUUACAUUUCAGGCUUGUGAUUACUAAAGUUAACUGAUACUCUGCAAACAAUACAGUGUGAAGUAAUCAAUGAACACAAAGUAUGAUUGUCCUAAAAUUACAAAUUUGGAGUAAGUGACAGAUUAUGUAGCAGCGUUUACAGAGGUACUAUGGACUUAAUGAAGAUAUUAACAUUAUUUGCCCCAAAGCUACACAUUUAAGACAAAAAAACAACAUAUUUUCAGUCUAGUGACAAGUUACAGUAUGCACCUUUAUAAUGUCUUGUUGGGUGUUGUCUUGAUGCUCAACUCUUCGGGAUAACAUGUAAUGGUGUUCUGAUUCUGUGCACACUUGCAUGUUCUCAUUGCAGAGAAAAUAACCGUCUUAAACGACUAUUGAUGAGUAACUUGGUACAACUGCACACCAUGUAUGCACUGUGAACUGAAAAUAAAUUAUAGUGUUUAAUGCU